UGAAAUAUAUACUGCAUCUGCAUUCAUGAAAUUUUGUGAAAAAAACGUUCGAAUCAUCUAAUGGAGUACACUGGAUCGAUUGCACGACGUGCUUAGAUUGUGGCUACAAAAUUAAAUUCUUUUAUCGAAUUAGAUAGUCUAAACUAAGGAAGUUUGUUCUCUGUUUAUUACUCGUUUGAAGCUUACUCAUCUAGUGAAAAUCAUUAAACCGACUCAUUUUGUGACAAAAAGACAACAGGUCAUUUGGUGGUGGAAGAUGAUACAGACAUUUACAGUCUAUCUCGUUUGACAUAUUUAAUCUCAUCCACUAAAAGAUAUUUCAUACAAAUUUAGAUUUCGGAAACCAGAAAAUAUCUCCAUACUUCUUUUCAUUUACAACCACCCACUUCAGUCCAUUGCAGAAUAUGUAUAAAGUUUGUCAUAUGCACUGUCAUGAUUCAAUAAAGAUCAUUAACUGAGGCACCAUUUAUAUUAAAAGAGAGAUCGAAAGAGCCGGCAGAGAAGAGCACAGAGACAUGUUUGAAGGAAAGGCAGUUGUGAGGGAAACAGACAUGCCGGAAGAAAUGCAAUGCCAUGCAGCGGAACUAGCUUACCAGGCACUUGAUAUGUACGAACCUUCAGAUCACAGAUCCAUUGCUUAUCAUAUAAAACAGGAAUUUGAUUUAGCGUAUGGAGCUGCAUGGCAUUGCGUCGUGGGUUCAAACUUUGGGUCAUGCAUUACACAUGUAUUUGGGAAUUUUAUUUUCUUUCAAGUGGAAAUGAUGGAGAUUCCAGUCUUUAAAGAUGGCAGUGACUUGGAAAAAACGAAAGAGGAAGCCGUUGGAGUAGCCUACGAUAUUCAAAAGCAACAACAAGAAAAAGAAAAUUCACCCUUGACAAGAAUCUAGUACAGAAUGCAUACAUGUCUAUUCCAUUGCAAGUGUAUACACUAGCAUAAUAUGUUUCAAGAAUAAUGUACCAACGGUUAUGCUUCGCUGCAAAAAGUUCUGGCAUUUAUUCUUUCUCAUUCCGGAAAGAAACUUGUUAGAUGAUUGUCAAUGGAAAGUCCGUCGCCUGGGUGGUAGUUAUAAGUUAGUUAAGUUUCAUAUUCUGUUGUACAUCUUUACACUCUAGCACGUAUGGUUUAUGCAUGAACUUUACAUAGGAAAACCUUUUCUUUGAUAAAACUUUAAGUGAUUAAUUAUAUUCUCUUUUCCAAUAUAUAAAGAAUCUGCAUAUCUUUUGUUUA